GAUCGAUGCAAUCGUGGGCGAAUUGGAAGGUGCAGUCCUUGGGGGAUUACUUCGUAACGGAAUUUCCUCGAAAUAUAUAAAGAUGCAGUUCCCUACCUACCUACCUAGGUAGAUAUAUUAUCAGAAAGUAUAUUCACAACUAAACACUAGACAUCCACACCGCUGAGACACUCAAUCAACAAUUGACUCAUAGGAACAUCUACAACUGAUACCAAACCAUGAAGUUCUCAAGCGCAAUUCUCUUUGGCAUGGGGCUUGCCGCCAGCUCUUCAGCUCACCCCCUCGAAGAACGCGAUGUUCAGGUCGCGCAUCUCACUUUUCAUGGAGGCCCGGCCUCAUAUGAUCUCGCUGUACCAGCUGAUGGCUCGGUAGUUAAAACAAACAACGAUAUCUCGGUCAGCAUCAUUGAUGCUCCGGAUUAUAACGCCAUAAGCCAGUGUACUUUCAACACCGCGAGCGACAAGGCACUUGUUAGCAGCAUCAACACCCAGACUGGUCUCCAGUCGAUUAUUGUUGGGCCUCCCCAGCCUAUAAUCAGCGUUAGCUGCAGUGGUGUCUGCACUCCAACGUACGGGGUUUGCUUUAGCAAUGGCCAAUACACCGCGCCUUGCUGCAACGGUUUCUGCGCUGCUACCAGGUGCCGCCCCUGGAACAUCACUAACACCGGAUCAUAGACAUGAUGCUUCAGAUUGGAGUAGGGCACAAGAUAAAUUUAUGAAUGGGUUGAAAUUGUGUUAGUUAUGGACGAUAGGAUGAUAUUAGGUAGUCUUUGAUAACCAUAGCAUCGUAG